AUGGCCACCAACGGAACCAAGUCUCAACCUAUUAGCCUUAAGGAUAACUAUGUCCAGAUCAUCGAUGGAAAAAGUGCCCCUACCCAAAAGAGCCACCAAGGCAUAAACCCAGCAACUCUUGAGAAGAAGCCCCCAGUCCCUGUCGCCACCCAGGAUGAUUUGAACCGAGCCGUUGACGCUGCUAGGAAGGCCUACAAGUCUUGGUCAAAGGUUCCUUGGGAGGAACGAAAGCAGAAGCUGUUUGCUUGGGCUGAUGCCAUUGAGGCUCAGAAGAAGGAGUUCGCCGACCUACUUGUCUCUGAGCAAGGCAAACCUAUUGCUCAAGCUUCUGGCGAGGCUGAGGCUGCAAUUGCCUGGGUCAGAGGUCAAGCUAGCAUUGAUCUCCCCGAAGAAGUCGUCGAGGAUAGCGAGAGCCGCAAGAUCAUCACCAGAUACACUCCUCUCGGUGUAGCAGCUGCUAUCGUUCCAUGGAACUUCCCCCUCAUGCUGGCAGCCGCAAAGAUUGCACCCGCUCUUGUCACAGGAAAUGUGAUCAUCGUAAAGCCAUCGCCCUUUACACCCUAUUGUGGCCUGAAGCUGGUUGAGCUGGCGCAGCAGUUCUUCCCCCCGGGUGUUGUCCAAUCACUCAGUGGUGAUGAUAACCUUGGCCCUUGGAUUACCAGCCAUGAGGGUAUUGAUAAGAUCAGCUUUACGGGUUCGACUAAUACUGGAAAGUUGGUGAUGCAGAGUGCGGCCAAGACACUUAAGCGUGUUACUCUUGAGCUUGGUGGCAACGAUGCUGCUGUUGUGUUCCCUGAUGUGGAUAUCGAAAGCGUAGCUGAAAAGGUCUCUACGCUUGCAUUCAUGAACUCAGGCCAAAUUUGCCUCAACGUCAAGCGAAUCUAUGUCCACGAAUCCAUCUACGAGAAGUUCCGCGACGCCGUAGUGAAGCACGUCAAGAACUACAAGCUCGGCGACGGUUCGUCCGAAGGAACCAGCCACGGUCCUGUCCAGAACGAAAUGCAGUACAACAGAGUAAAGACAUUCUUCGAAGACAUCGAGAAGCAAGGCUGGAAGGUCGCUACGGGUGGCAAGUUUGAUCCUGCGCCUAAGGAUGGGUAUUACAUCCAGCCCACUGUGAUCGAUAACCCUCCCGAGAACUCAAGAAUUGUGGUUGAGGAGCCUUUUGGCCCUAUCCUCCCCAUCCUUUCAUGGAAGGACGAAGAUGAAGUUAUCGAGCGCGCCAACGAUACCAAGCUUGGUCUUGGAGCCUCCGUCUGGUCUGCGAACAUUGAAACAGCAGAGCGAGUGGCUAAGCAACUUGAGGCAGGAACUGUCUGGGUCAACAACCAUUUUGAUAUCACUCCCAUGGCUCCCUUCGGUGGUCACAAGCAGUCUGGAAUCGGUGCUGAGUGGGGUAUCAACGGACUCAAGGGUUUCUGUAAUGUGCAGAGUCUCUUCGUGAGCAAACUUUAG